AUGUCUCUCUUCGUUCUUGCCGAGACGCCGGCAGGCUAUGGCCUGUUCAAGGCUGCCGACAAGAAAAUGUUCAAGAAUGAGGACCUGGCUGCCGAACUUGGACGGCCCGAGAAGUUGGUCGAAAUGCUCAAAUUGAAAAAGUUUGUCAAGUUCGACAGCGCCGCCAUGGCCCUCGAAGAAGCCGCGUCUCUCAAGGAGGGCAAAGUCCCCGAACUCCUCACAUCUCUGUUGGAAGAUCUCAAGGGCGAGAAGAAGGCCUCACUCGCCGUUGCCGACAUGAAGUUGGGUACCUCCAUUUCCAACUUGCCCCAGUUCAACAUCUCCGCCGUGUCUGGAUCUGAAACCAUGGAUGUCUUCCGAGGCAUUCGUGAGCAUCUCUCAUCGCUCAUCCCUGGAUUGGAGCAGGAAAUCGUCGAUCGCAUGUCGCUCGGUCUCUCUCACUCGAUGUCCCGCCACAAGCUCAAGUUCUCCGCCGAAAAGGUCGACUCUAUGAUUAUCCAGGCUGUCAAGUUGAUUGAUGAUAUGGACAAGGAACUGAACGUCUACGCUAUGCGAACCAAGGAAUGGUACGGCUGGCACUUCCCUGAAAUGGCCAAAAUUCUCAACGACAACCUUGCCUACGCUCGUGUCAUUCUGACCGUUGGUAUGCGAACCAACAUUGCCGACAGCGACUUGUCUGAGAUCCUCCCCGAGGAGGUCGAGGUCGCCAUCAAGGCCGCCGCCGAAAUCAGCAUGGGUACAGAAAUCACUGAGGAAGAUUUGGACAACAUCAAGCUUCUGGCCGAUCAGGUUAUUCGCUACUCUGAGUACCGCGCCCAGCUCUCUUCCUACCUUGAGACCCGUAUGCGGGCCAUCGCCCCCAACCUGACUGCCCUGGUCGGUUACCUUGUCGGAGCCAGGCUCAUCGCUCACGCCGGUUCCCUCAUCAGCCUGGCGAAGUCCCCCGGUUCCACCAUCCAGAUCUUGGGUGCUGAGAAGGCACUCUUCCGAGCCCUCAAGACCAAGCACGAUACCCCCAAGUAUGGUUUGAUCUACCACUCUUCCCUUAUUGGUCAGGCCACCGGCCGCAACAAGGGUAAGAUUGCCCGUAUGCUGUCUGCCAAGGCGGCCCUCGGUCUGCGUGUUGACGCUCUUGGUGGUGAUGAUGAGGAGCAGGAUGAGGAUGAGCGAGCCAUCCUCGGUCUCAGCAACCGCAUCAAGUUGGAAAACCACCUCCGAAAGCUCGAGGGCAAGCCACCCCUGCCCAAGGGCGCCAAUGUUGCCCCAUCAGGUGAGAUUGUUGGUGCUGGUGCAUUCAUUCUCAAGGAGACCCGACGAUACAACACCGACGCCGACGGUGUCACUGAGGAGCAAGUCAACGGCGACUCCUCUUCCAAGAAGGAGAAGAAGUCCAAGGACAAGAAGAAGCCAAAGAUUGAAGUCGUCGAGGAGGACUCAGACGACGAGAUGAAGGACGCCGCCGCCGACGACAGUGACGACGACGAUGCCACAACUCCCGCCGCCAAGGUCCCCAAGCUGUCAAGUGAAGAGUACGAGCGCCUCGCCGAAGCCGCCGGCCUGUCAGUCAAGAAGUUCAAGCGAAAGUACGAACGUGGCGACGUCCAGCUCAACUCCGACGGCACCCCCAAGGUCUUCAGCAAAAAGGAACUCAAGAAGCUGCGCAAGGCCGAGGCCGCCGCCCAAUCCACACCCUCAAAGUCCGCCGCCGAGCCCACCCCCGAAAAGAAGAAGAAGAGAAAGCACAACGACGACGAAGAGGUCGAGUCCUCCAAAAAGGACAAGAAGCAGAAGAAGAAGAAGCGCCACUCCGACGCCGAGUAG